AAAACACAGCUUCCAUUAUUACACCAAUGGAUUCAUUUACUUCAUUUCUAUGUUUAUGUUCCAUAAUUUUUCAAUCUAUUAGCCUUAUAGAAGCUCAAGCAAGCCUUUGUAGAACUACUUGUGGUGAUAUCCCUAUAAAUUACCCUUUUGGUAUUGAUGAUGGUUGUGGUAGUCCUUAUUAUAGACACAUGCUAGUUUGUUCCAAUCUCGGCAACCUUUAUCUCCGUACACCUUCCGGUCGAUACCCUGUUCACAGCAUUAGUUACUCCGAUCCUCAUAUUCUUGUUACCGAUCCGUUGAUGUGGAAUUGUAGAGAUGGUGAUCAUUUUCGUCCUACGAGACCUUUUAGUCUCGAUACAAGUACGCCUUUCACGUUGUCCUCUCAGAAUGACUACUUGUUCUUCAAUUGUAGUGAAGAUUAUGUUAUUGUCGAGCCGAAGCCUGUCUUCUGUGAGCGAUUCCCUGACCGGUGUGAUUCGUCAUGCGAUAGUGCUAGUUAUCUUUGUAGGCAUUUACCCGAAUGUGCCGAUGCGCUUAGUGCUAGCUCGUGUUGCUCGUACUACCCGAAAGCAACCGAGUCGUUACGGUUGAUGCUUCGGUAUUGCGCAUCGUAUACAAGUGUGUAUUGGAAAACGAUCGGAUCAACAACGAAUUCGCCUUAUAGUCAAGUACCUGAAUAUGGAAUCCGAGUCGAUUUCGAUGUUCCGGUUACUACACGUUGUCUUCAGUGUCAAGAUCCAUCAAAGGGUAGUGGAACAUGCGGAUUUGAUACACAAACACAUAAUUUCCUGUGUUUAUGUAAAGAAGGAAAUGUCACAUCCUAUUGUAAAGGUCAUGACAUUUCAAAGCACAAAAGGGCAGAAGUCAUUGCAGGGACUGUAACUGGAAUUUCAGCAGCUGGAGCUAUAGGGAUUGGGAUUGGUAUAUGGGUGUUGAAAAAAGUGAGAGCCAAAGCACCUGUAACAUGUGGGGUUCAAAGCAAUGAGAAUAGGGUUUUCUGAAGAAAGUUAAACUGCAAAUUUCUGUCUUUUUUCUUCUUUUUCUGAAAUCAUAUUUCGAGCUGUAAAGUGAAACCUCGUUAAUGGUUUUUGUUUAUGUCUUUUUUUUUGCUUUUUGUGAUGGAAAUUUGAGCUAACUGAGGAUUCAAUCGGUAA